AUGAAGUCGGAAAAGCAGCUCAUCCAAAAGUCAUCCAGGCAGUUCGUUGUGGAGAAGAAUGAAACUUCCUCCCUGGUGAUCCCUGAGGUAACACCGGAGGAUUCUGGGUGGUAUUACUGCGAGGUCAACGUCUUGCAGAAAGACCCAGAGUGGGGCAACGGGACCGAGCUGGUUGUUUUAGCACCACCGUCUGCACCGAGAAUCUACCUCCAGAUUCCCCCGGACCCACAGACUGGUCAGUGGGCUCUCUUCUGUCUCACUGGGGGCUUCCACCCCAGCGAGCUCACCGUCACCUGGACAUACCAGAGUGCAGCAGCCAAUAUCGAUCACCUGCCAAUCACCAAUUGCACCCUUCCUGCGCUCCACCCUCAUACUGACCUGUCUGAACACCCGAAUGAUGCUGUCAUGCUGUCUUCAGACGGGAUGGUGAACCCAAAGUGUUUCCAGGUGAUGGACAACCACAGCCGGAAAGCGUAUUUCUUCAGUGUGCUCUACCUCCCACAGAAGGAGUCCUUGGAAACAGGGAUCACCUUCACUUGUAGCGUACAGGACCACCCUGGAAUGACCACGGCUUUGACUACCUCCUUCACAUGGGAUGCCGCCCCCAAUGAGCUGAUUGGACACUUGAACAUUUUCAAGAUGUGUGUCCUCUCUGCCAUGACCGCCGUGUUUUUAUUGGAAGCACUCAAACAUUGCAGAGUGCAAGCUAAAUGAUGUCCACUAUGAAAUACAAAAUGAAAUUGGAAAAAAAGAAAACAAAAAAAGGGACGCUGGUUGUUUAGUACAGCUCAUCUCGGCCGACCGAACAUUGACAAACAGCGCCACGCAAAUAAAGUCAUCACAGAAAACUGAGAAUUAACUCUGACUUAAAGGUUAAUUCUGAGUAAAUGUGUUUAAUCCUCUUCCUAAACCGCUUGCUGUAAACUGUUCUAGCAUACCAUAUAUCCUUUAAACAUUGAUGCAAUGCUGAUUUCUUUCUGCACAUCAAAGCUGUUUUUAUCUGUAACUCUUCAUCACCACGGUGUGCUGACUUGGGUGUUUUUUUAUUCUGUAUCUGCUCUUUGUGCCAGUGGCUGGUAGUUCGCACAUCUUAAGCCAUUCAUUCUGGUCUGUGUGUCAGAAUGAAUGCUUCAUGCAUGAGCCACCUGUCAAGCAGAUACAGUGAUCAGCUCAACCUCCGCGCAGACCUAAUCCUCACUAAACAGGAUUACAGGCGAUGCCAGUACUUGCUUGUGUGAUAGCAUUGUUUAUGUGUGCAGUGCGUGGGGUGAGAUCUUGCUUCACGUCUUUGGGGGAAAAUGUAAGACCUACGCACACUGCAAAAAACGUCAAAUACUGCCAGUAAUAAUGACCUUUGUAAGUGUAAGGACAUGAAUCUACAGUGUGACCAGAUAAAGAUUGGUGUCAAAUUGGCUUUUUUUUCCUGCUCAA